AACUCCCACAGUGCAGCGGGGUAAUGUAUUAACAUGGCGUCAGUGAUCGCUGUUCGGAUCAGGGCCGUGGGACUGGAACAACAUCAUGUAAAACAGAACUAUGGAGCCAACUAAGCAAUAAUCCCGGAUCAGCUUCAGCGCCCAGAGUCCGACUUGGUGGAGAGCAGAAGGACCGGAGCGAUGGACGAGUCCGUCAGUUCAGUGAAAACGGUCAAACCGUCCCAGUCCAGAGGAGCCAAGGUGUCGUCCGCUCAGAAGCCAAACAAAGAUGGCGUCAAGUCGGCGCUGCGCAGCAAGGAGAACCUCAAAGACGAGCGGAGCGGCGGCGGCGUGGCGAGCCGCACGGCGGCCGGCGCUUUCCCAGAAAACUCCCUGGAGAAGAAGAAAAGUCGUCCGUCCAGGCUGAGCGGCCGGACCGGUUCUGGGGAGAGAGGCAAAGGGAAGGCGACCGAGUCCAAAACGCUCCAGCCAGCAGAGGGCGCUCCGGUUCCGCCCGCCACUCCCGAUCGGGCGAAAGGCUCCACAGGGGCCACAGCGAGAGAGAAAUCCCACGCGGUGAAAGCUGCGGCUGCGGUCCGCCCGUCUGCGCAGGCGGGGGAGGAGGUGCGGCUGGCGGCGGAGGAGGCGGAGCAGCAGCUGGGUCUGCGGCAGGUGGAGGAGCGGCUCCACAGAGAUCACAUCCACCGGGUCGCCAAGCCGUCCCCUGAGUACCCAAACUACCAGUACGUAUGCAAAGUUUGCUCUGUGCACAUCGAGAACGUCCACGGAGCCUACAAGCACAUCAAGGAGAAACGCCACAAGAAGAACAUGACGGAGAAGCAGGAGGAGACGGAGCUGCGGGCGCUGCCGGCGCCCUCUGCUGGCCAGCUGCGGGCGGUGGACGCCGCCGUCAUGGAGACGGCCAGGCAGCAGGGGAUCUCAGAGCGGGACUUCGAGGUGCGGGCGUCCGUCGUGGCGCGGAUGGAGGAGGUCAUAAAGACGCACCUGUCAGCCUGUUCCCUCCGGCUCUACGGUUCCUGUCUCACUCGGUUCGCCUUCAAGACGAGCGACAUCAACGUGGACGUGACCUACCCCUCCACCAUGACCCAACCGGAGGUUCUGAUUCAGGUUCUGGGAAUCCUCAAAAACAGACCUGAAUAUUCAGAAGUUGAGUCGGAUUUUCACGCCAAAGUUCCCGCUGUGUUCUGUCGGGAUCGCAGCAGCGGCCUGAUCUGUAAAGUGAGCGCAGGAAAUGAUGUCGCCUGCAUCACCACCAAUCACCUGGCUGCUCUGGCUAAACUGGAGCCCAGACUGGUUCCACUGGUUCUGGCCUUCCGCUACUGGGCGAGGCUGUGUCACAUCGACUGCCAGGCGGAAGGCGGCAUCCCGUCGUAUUCCUUCGCCCUCAUGGUCAUCUUCUUCCUGCAGCAGAGGAGCGAUCCCGUCCUCCCCGUCUACCUGGGAUCCUGGAUCGACGGCUUCGAUGUGAAGCGAGUGGACGAGUAUCAUCUGACUGGAAUAGUUCUGGACAUGUUCGUCAAGUGGGAGCAGCGACCUCCGACCUCCACGGAGGGACGAGGGGAGAACCGGAACGAAUCCAAAGCAGAAGGAGCAUCAAAACCGGAGCAGAAGAAGUCUGAUGACACUCGCCACACAGAGGGCCUGAGCCGCCUGAUGCUGGGCGAAGGGAAAGGCGCGUCGGUGGGCCAGCUGUGGCUGGAGCUUCUCCGUUUCUACACGCUUGAGUUUCCUCUGGAGGAGAACAUCAUCAGCAUCCGCCUGAAGGAGCUCCUCUCCAGGGACGCCAAGAACUGGCCCCGCCGCCGCCUCGCCAUCGAAGAUCCGUUUGCCUUGAAGAGAAACGUUGCGCGGAGCCUGAACAGCCAGAUGGUGUUCGAGUACAUCCAGGAGCGUUUCCGCAGCGCCUACAAAUACUUCGCCUGUCCUCAGAGGAGAGGCGCCAAGAAGACGGGAGGAGACGAGGCUGGACGGAGACCGGAGGGACGGGAGGACAACGAGAAACCCGAAGGAAGUCAGAGAGAGGACGACAGCGGGGACGACGAGGACGGUUCAGAUCUGGAGAAGAGUCUGGAUGAUUUGGUUCUGAACGAUGGGAGCAAACCGUCGUCAUCGUCCAAAGAGCUGCUGGACAGCGAGGAGGAGGAGAAGGAGGAGGAGGAGGAGGAAGGGCCUGCUGACCUGCACUACGUGUUUGAUAAGAUGAUUUUCACUGGUGGGAAGCCUCCGACCGUCGUCUGCAGCAUCUGCAAGCGGGACGGCCACCUGAAGGACGAAUGUCCCGAAGACUUCAAGAAGAUCGAGCUGAAGCCGCUGCCGCCCAUGAACGAACGCUUCAGGAACAUUCUGGACGGACUCUGCAGAUUCUGCUACUAUAAACUGUCGCCGUCGCACUUCGAGCAGCAGAACCGGGAGCAGAUCCUGGCGGGUCUGGAGCGGUUCAUACGGAAGGAGUACAACGAUAAAGCCCAGCUCUGCUUAUUCGGCUCUUCCAAGAACGGGUUUGGUUUCCGUGACAGCGACCUGGACAUCUGCAUGACCCUGGAGGGUCACGAGACGGCGGAGAAGCUGAACUGUAAGGAAAUCAUCGAAGGCCUUGCCAAGGUGCUGAAGAAGCAUGCAGGUCUGAGGAACAUCCUGCCCAUCACCACAGCCAAAGUGCCUAUCGUGAAGUUUGAACACAGACAGAGCGGUUUGGAGGGAGACAUCAGCCUCUACAACACGCUGGCUCAACACAACACCAGGAUGCUGGCCACGUACGCAGCGCUGGAUCCCCGGGUUCAGUUCCUGGGUUACACCAUCAAGGUGUUUGCAAAGCGCUGCGACAUCGGCGACGCCUCCAGAGGAAGCCUCUCGUCUUACGCCUACAUCCUGAUGGUUCUCUACUUCCUGCAGCAGAGGCAGCCGCCGGUCAUUCCCGUCCUGCAGGAGAUCUUUGACGGUCAGACGGUUCCCCAGCGGAUGGUGGACGGCUGGAACGCUUUCUUCUUUGACGACCUGGAGAAACUGCGUCAGCGGCUGGCCGACCGGCAGCCCAACACCGAGUCGGUGGGGGAGCUGUGGCUCGGUCUGCUUCGCUUCUACACCGAAGAGUUCGACUUCAAGGAGCACGUCAUCAGCAUCCGGCAGCACAAACGCCUCACCACCUUUGAAAAACAGUGGACUAGCAAAUGCAUCGCCAUCGAAGAUCCCUUUGACUUGAAUCAUAAUCUUGGUGCUGGAGUUUCACGUAAAAUGACAAACUUCAUCAUGAAGGCGUUCAUCAACGGGCGGAAGCUGUUCGGGACGCCGUUCAUUCCCAUCCCCGGCACUGAAGUGGAAUACUUCUUCGACUCGAAGGUGCUGACCGACGGCGAGCUGGCGCCCAACGACCGCUGCUGCCGGAUCUGCGGGAAGAUCGGACAUUACAUGAAGGACUGCCCAAAGAGACGCAGGGUGAAGAAGAAGGAAAACGAGAAGGACGAGGACUCCAAGGAGGACGAGCGGGAGCCGAAGGACAGACGCUGCUUCCAGUGCGGGGACAUGGGCCACGUUCGGCGGGACUGUCCCGAGAACCGCCACCUCAAACAGAGGAACGCCGCCGCCCCCACUCCUCUGAUGGUGCGAAGUGUGGCGAACUCCCAGUCCAUCCCCAUCCCUCAGACGGCGGCCGACUCUCCAGGAAGAACCAGACAACCGUCUGAAUGUUCGGACAGCCGUCAGACUCCGCCCUACUCCCCGCAGCCCGCCGCCGUCCCUCACGGCUCCCCGCUGUCCUCCGGCUCCCCCCAGACGUCCCACAGUAAACCCGGCUGUGUCGGCCCCCCCCAGGUCCCGCUGCCCCUCUUCAGCUUCCCCUCUUCCCACCCGGGCCAGUUCCACCCCGCCGCGCUCGGCGCCCUGGGGCUGCUGCCCUCCCAUCAGCCCCACAUCUCCUCCUCCUCCUGGCCCAUCCACGGCCCCGUCCUCGCCUCGUCCUCCACCGGCGGCCCGUCGCCGCCCGGCCUGACCUUUGCCCUGCGCCCCGUGUCGGGGAACGGCAGCUCCACGGGAACGGCCGGCGGCUCCGUGAACCUGAACGACCCGAGCAUCAUCUUCGCCCAGCCGGCAGCGGGGCGGCAGAUGGGCAUGGGGGCGGCGGCGGGUCGGGACGGGCAGUGGCACAACCACAUGGCGCAGCCGGGAUCGCUGAUGGGAAACGGCACGGUGGUGAAGUCAGAACCGGGCCACCAAGUCCAGUUCGAAGGUGUGAGCCAAGGCUCGCGGCUGUGGGAGCACAACAAACCCCCCCAGUUCAGCCUGUCCCCAUCCUGGCCCUACAGGAUGCCGCAGAACUUCAUCCAGCAGGGCAACGGCGACUUCCAGCCCGGGAAAACCUUCAUGGCUCCAGGUUCUGUGGUGCAUCCCAAUCCGAACUUCCCACUGGUUCCUCAUGUUCGGCAUCCAGUCAACAUGAAUUACAUCCAGCAGAAGAAAUGAUUUUAAUUAGAUUUCUUGGUCAGUAAUAGAGCAAAAUAAUGUACUCUUUGCAUCAAUUGAUCACAUGGACAAUUUUAAGGAGAAAAAAUGAAUUUUAUCAUUUUUGUACAGUUUUUAUGGUUUACUUUUUGGGUCUCAUUACAUUGAUUUGUGAUACAAAUGUUAAAUAUUUUAAUGCCCCCGUUUUUGAGGGGGUCUGAAAAAAAGUGUUUUUAUUUUAUGUGUAAAGUAAGGAGGAUAAAUUGUAAACCUUUAUUUUUGUUAGCUGUAUUCAUACUUUGCUUGCUGAAAGAUGAAAGCUUCGAAUAGAUGUUUGUUUUUAAAACAACCUAACGUGUCAGUAUGUAGUGCCAAAAGCAAGAAAAAAGGGGAAAAAAAAGGAAAAUACAAAGAAAAAGCUGCAAAAAAAUAAAGAAAAAACCUAACAA